AUCCGCUCAAUGCCGAAUCGACCACCGGAUAGAUUUAAAAACCCGGAGCCGAAGAUCAGGAUCCUGUCGAUCCCUCACAUCAUGGGUCUAGAACACCAGGACAACGUCACCUACAUACCCUCUCACCCGCAUCUCUUUCGAGUGCAUUUUGCUCCUGGGUUCCAUAGUUCAAGUCUCAAAGCGACCCGGGAUUUUGUUGCAGGUGAAGAAAUUUGCAGGCUAGAAGGAGUAACGAAUGCCGAGAACGCAUGGGAUACCAUCCAGUAUGGAAAAAAUCAGCACAUCCGACUCAAUUCAGAUUUGGUUUACGUCAACCACUCCUGCGACCCAAACAUUGCGUUUGAUCUUAGUUCUGCGAAUCGAGAAGAUUGGUAUUCUAGGGCUUUGAAGACAAUAUCGAAGGGGGACGCUUUGUCGUUUUUCUACCCAAGCACAGAAUGGGAGAUGGACCAACCCUUCGAAUGUUGGUGCGGAUCUGGUGCCUGUCUUGGUCAGAUCAAAGGAGCCGCGUUCCUCCCCCGAGAGGAGCUAGAGACACGUGGCUACGUUAGUCCACACAUACGAACUCUGGCGGAGGAGCGUGGAAUUUGGCCUUCGUGAUCCAGGAUGUUUCUAAUCCAAUAGAGUGAAAGUGAGGCGUAUACUUUGUGCACUCUCUAAAUGAUGACUGUCUUGUAAAACAACUGCUGAUGGGAUGGUAUCAGCAUUUCUUGAACUUUGCGGCGACGCCUGCAGUCGGAGCCUAGCUGAUGGCAAUA